CCUCCUCUUAUUCUUUGUUCUCAUUACUUGGAUUAAAUAUGCAACGUGAUCAGAACUUGGAACGGUUACGUUCUACUGUAAUGGAAUCUGGUGGGCGUGAAGAGAAGGUAGAAGUCAACCAACGCCAUCUUAUCGAUAAGAUUCUAGCAAGGUAUUCAGCAGAAUAUGUUUUAUAUAGAGAAUUGAUGCAAAAUGCAGACGACGCUUUAUCUACCAAAAUAGAAAUCCACUUUCAUUCAACAAACCAAAUGGAAAGUCCUGGAAAGUUACCCAAUCUGACGAGCAAGUGUCAUAGAAUCACCUUUAAGAAUAAUGGUAUGGCUUUUCGACCUGAAGAUUGGCAACGUUUAAAGCGUAUCGCUGAAGGGAAUCCUGAUGAACAAAAAAUUGGUGCUUUUGGUGUAGGAUUCUAUUCUUUAUUCUCUGUUUGUGAAAACCCAUUUGUUUUUUCUGGAUCACAAUGUAUGGCAUUCUAUUUCAAAGGGGAUCAACUAUUUGCCAAACGAGCUGAUGUGUCUGAAAAUGAACGUGAUGAUUGGACUUCCUUUUUGAUGGACCUGCGGGAACCUAUGGAAAUACCUGAUUUGGAUCAUUUUGCAAAGUUUUUGACGACAAGCAUGGGAUUUACGGCCAAUCUUCGGCAAGUCAGCGUCUAUUUUGAUCAUCAUCGUCUAUUCAAUCUCACCAAACAAACUGCUGAUCCUCGUGCAAUGAUUGUUGAUGCGAAAAAAGUACAUACCAGUUCACCUCAACGAAUGUUUACCAUUGUAGCUGCUGAUAUGCGCAAAAUCCAACUAGAUGCUGAAAAAUAUGUACCACCGUCAAUAUUCUCGCCUCUCACUAAUCUUUUAUCAACAAAAACAACAACAACGACUGAUGAAAAGAAGAACGACUUACCGACUGAAACUGCUAGUAUCUUUUUACGUGUCGUGACUGGCACACUAGAUGUCAAUGUACCGGACAAUUUUAUACGUGAAAUGGAACGAUCAACAAAGAAGAAACCACCCAAAACAACAAAAUUCCAACUUGUAUAUACCAGUAAAGAAGAAAUGGAUGCAUCUGAAAAUAAACAUCACAUAUUCAAGGAUCUUAUGCCCUUUCCUAACCAAGGUCGUGUUUUUAUUGGAUUCCCAACUCAUCAAACAACAGGGUGUUGUUCUCAUAUGGCUGCUCGAUUUAUACCAACAGUGGAACGUGAGAGCAUUGAUUUCGCUGAUCGUUAUCUUAGUAUUUGGAAUAAGGAAUUACUCUCUGUUGGUGGAUUAUUGUCAAGAUUAGUAUACAAUGAUGAAAUGGAUCAGGUGGAUAUGCUUUAUCGGGAAUUGGUUGGAUCGCCUACCGAAGUGGAUAAGACAAUCAACUACGAAAAUGAUGGUACUGGCAAUGCGAAAUUGAUGUUAGAACAACGUGCAGCUCAUACUCUACAUUCCUUCACUUUCCAACCUUCAACGCCAAGUGAUAUUGUCAGCAAAGUACAAGAAGAACGAUUUUAUCAAUCCAGCAGGAUCCCUCUACGUGUGAUGACCAGUCAUGGCGUACAAAUGGUAACAGUAACAAGAACUUUACCAGAUGAAACAUAUGUUCUUGGCCCAAGUGUGACAGAUUUACUUAAUGUGUUUAUCAAGACUAUUCCUACAACAACACCAAUAGUUCAAAAGGAAUGCAAAGAAGGGAUUCAAAAAUUGGCAAAGGCAGGAUUACUUCAAUAUCUGGGAAUGAUGGAUGUACUCAAAGAAUUGGACACAAGAUCAUUGACAAGUGAUGAAAUGGUGGCAUGUAUGAAAUGGUGGAUCGAAUGCAACAAGAUGAAUCAGAUGAUUCCUGCAACAACAUUACGGAAUUUAGAAACAACUCGAUCGAAAUUCUUUACGGCGGCAGUAGUAUCAGUUACUGAUGGAAAUGAUGAACAUCGACUUUUACAACUGGCAAAUGCGAAAUCAUGGACUAAUCCGAAACUUAUUUCUUUAACUAUGCCAGUUCCGGAAUCUACGUUACCUUUCUCUGUUAGCAAAGCCUUUACACCUACCGAUUUGACAACUUAUUUUGGUUUGACAGAAUUAUCGCUUUUAACAUGGGGCAGAUUUAUUUCCAACAAUUCAAAACUACAAACAUCACCUGCAUUUUCGGAACAAGUACUCUCUAUCAUUACUCGUGGAUAUAAUCAAUUAUCAUCACAUGCUCAAGAGGAAUUGUGCAGCCAUCUGAAAACCAAGACAUGUAUACCUACCAAAACUGGAAUGAAAUUACCUUCUGAUACAUAUUUUACUUCUGUUAAUUUGUUUGAUGACCUACCGAUUGUUCAAUUCCAACAACCAAGACAUGUGGGAGAUCAAUUACUGACGAUGUUGGGUGUUCGAAAGCACGUGGAUUUGCAACUUGUGUUCGAUCGAUUGAUUUCUGAUGGCAGUUGGUCACAUGUAGAUUUGGUGAAAUAUCUUACAUCAGUACAAUCAACACUUAGCAGUAUUGAAACAAGACGAUUAAAGGAAACCGCAAUUUUUACAAAAGAAGGGGAACCAAGUCGACAAAAAGAAGCAUCGCGACCUACUGGGAAAAUAGAUGAAGAAGGGAAACCCAUUAUGGAAAAAUACAUCAAAAAAGUUUAUCGACGGCAUAAGGCAUCUGAUCUCUAUGCACCUUUGGAAACACUGCGAAGUUUGCAAUUACCGUUAAUCGAUUGGAAAGGGACUGGACAUACAAGAUGGCGACAAGGUAGUGAUGAAGCAAAAUUUAUGGAAAUACUUGGACUACGAUCAUUUCCGCCGUUAUCAGAUAUUUUGCGACUGGCGUCACCACAAACCAAUACUGAUUCACAAUUGCAAAAGCGUGCUCUUACUUUCUUCAUUGAAAAUCAUCAAAAAUAUGCAUCGGAAUAUGAUAUCAAUAAAAUCGACAUCGCCUUUUUGCCCUGCUUGAAUGGAAAAACAUACGCAACACCCAAGAAUUGUUUUACAAACCGUGAAGUGGCUGUUUUGAACUUCCAAGUUUUACAUCAAGAUCUUAUUCUUGUACGGGAUAAACUUGGUGUCCAAGAAAAUCCUUCUCCUGACCAAUUGAUCCAAGCCUUCCAACAACAAGUGACUACAGACAUCAACAAGAUGAAAAGUAUCCUGGAAUAUAUGGCAAGUCGAAUGGGUGAUUUUGGAUAUUCACAUUGGGAGAAACUACGAAAUAUGAAAUUUAUACCUGUGGUGGACAAACGAAAAAAUCUCGCAACGGCAACAACAGCAACAAAACCUCUUCUUGUACGACCUACGGAAUGCUAUUUUGAAUCGGAUGAUGCCAACUUUCACAAAGAACUCUUUUUAUACGUCAACUUUGGUAGCUUGGCAAACUCAUUUUUACGCUCUUGUGGUGUCAAAGACGAACCUACGAUUUUAGAAUUAGCUUCAAUGUUAGUGAAGGAUCCUCAGCGAUUUUGGGAUUUAUGUGGUGGUGGUGAACGAUAUCUUACAGUAUUACGACAAAUUGCAGGCCAGUACUACCAAAUCAAAAAUCAUCGGGACUUGCUACAAGCUAUGAAGACUCAACGAUGCUUAGUGGGUGUUAAACGAAGUUCCAUUACUGAAGAUACUAUGGGUAGUGGUAGUGAUUCUGUACAAGCAUUAAACAAUAACCAUGAUGAUGAUGAUUCAACAGUGGAUGGUGCUAAGGAAGAAGAAUUCGUACAAUAUCGACUCGCUAAAGCAUCCGAUAUUUUUAUCAAUGACGAUACUAUGGGCCAACAUAUCUUUUCGCCACUAUCUGCACCUAUGGAACCCAUCUUGGAAGAAUUCUAUGCAAAUUUGGGCAGUGACCGAUUAUCAAAUCAAAUCAAAGAAACGUUUACUUUCCGGGAAGCUGUUGGUACUAGUGCCAGAUCCAAAGCUAUUAUGGAUGUUAUCUUUGAACGCACUGGAAUUAUCAUCUAUCAAAUGAAACAAGAUUAUCCUCAACGACAAAAGGAACUUUAUCGGGAUGAAAAUUAUAUCAAACGCAAUUUGAAGGUUAUCCAAGCUAAAGAACUUCGGAUCAAUCGUGUCUUCAAACACACUGGUGCAAAGGAUAUACAACCAACAACAGCCUGUGUCGAUAGAAGCAAGUUCAUCAUAUAUAUCUCUAGUACGGGUGAAAUCGACUAUUAUGAUGUUGCCAAUGCUCUUUGUUAUCUAAUAUUUACUCGUGUUCGAUUCAAUGAUGCCAUCAUUGCUGAACGAUAUCUUACAACAAGUUUGAAAAAUCUAAGAAGAAAAGGUGUACCUGUGGAUCGCAUUCUUAGUAUCAAGAAGACAGUGGAAAACGACCAUCAUCAAACAAAUGGUAUAGAAUCAUCACGACAGUCAUCAUCAUCACCACCGCAAACAUCAAUACAACCAUCCUUAUCUGCCAGUCAACUCGAUGAGUAUACGAAACAAGUACUACAAGUAUUUAGUGAUUGCCAAGUAGGUUAUAUUCGUCAAUUACUGAAUCAAGAACAAGAUAAUCGUGUGGAACGUGUUAUAGAAAAACUUCUUCAUCAAGAUUAUCCUCGAUCUCAACAACACGAAUCAAACAUUCAAGAAGAAAAACCAACUUCAACUGGUACUGAUACUUUGCCAUCAAUUACAGAAACGCAAAAACCACAAAGAUUAUUUGAUAGGAUACUUUCUUGGGGAAGACCAACGGUACCUCCAACCACUCCACCUCGCGACAAGGAAUCAUCAAUAACAACAGGAAAUACUGAACAACAAAUACCCAAAGAGGUUGAAACGAAACCUGGAAAAUCAAAACUACCAACUUCAACACAAACAAUUACACCAAACUACACAUCCAGCAUCCAGCAAAAUCUGCGUCGAGCGAUUCAUUCAUGCAAACCGUACUCUGGACAGGAUAUGUUCUCUCCACCGACCAUUAACAAAGUAGUGGAAUCGACGCAAUACUGUGACGAAACACCUGGACAGAAUUUGACACAUGUAGGACGCAUCAAAGGUAUCGAAUUCUAUGUACAUCGAGAUGUGGAAGCCGAACAAGUACUGACACAAUAUGCACAACCAAUUCAACGUUUUGUACACGUCGUGACAGGACUCGCCAAUCAUGUAUUUGAACUCAAACUCAACACACUUCACCUUUAUUAUGACACAGAAGGCCCAACCAUUGCAUUCAAUAAAAGCGGCAGUCUCUUUUUGAACUUACGAUAUUAUCUAGCACUCCACGAACCAACUUCUACUACGGAUCCUGCUAUCAUGCUAGCCAAACGAAAAGAAGCUCUGAUCUACUGGUAUAUGACCCUUGCCCAUGAACUUGCCCAUUCUUUUGUCCACGAACAUAGUGCUGAACAUGAAUUCUACUUUUCUUCCUUUGCUGAAACUUAUUUACAACCUUUGAUUGUCUAUAUGACCUCUUCUUUACCAACUCCUUCUUCUCCUUCUGGUACCCCUCCAUCAACCGCUCCAGAUAUAGAUAUGUAGCUCCGUUUAUAGUCAUUGUACAUUUGAAAAUAAA